CUAGAUAUUAAUGUACCUAAUAGCUACACUUACCUCUGGUGGUGAUAGUUUGCUCAUAGCAGCCCUCGAGAUUUCCUUCGAAUAAUGCAGUCUCCGAAAAGUGCGCCAUAACCUCAAUAAAGAAACUUUGCUCUUACCAGAGGCACUGUUCAAACAUAAACUCGAAUAGUUACUAUAGCCGAAACUGUUAUUAGACGGAAAUGUAUUGGAAAAUUUCACAUUUUUACCAGUCCUGAGCAACUGCGAGGCUCUGUAACCGACAACCAUUUUUCUAGUUUUGUAGGACGAUCGCAAAAAAACGCUCGGUAAUUAAUUCGCGUCGUAGUUUUCUAUUCAUUGUAACUUUUGGGCCAGCCAUAAACUCAAAGAAAAUUGCAUUUUUUGGAUUUUUCUGAAAAUAAUUUUUGACCUUUUUGUUUUUGACAAAAUAAAUUGGGGUUAUGUUGGAAGGUCUUCUUCUUUUUUGCAUCAUUUGGCAUUUGCCUGGGUUGUGACUUCACUUUAUACUAUACCGGGUUACCCGGUAUUUUUGUUUAUAUACAACAAAAAAGUUAAAUUACAAAUUAAUUAAUAAAUAAUUAUUUAGGGGUAAUUGAUAAUUAUUAUUCAGGAAGGAAUUUUCAUAUUGGAGAUUUUGGCAGAUUCACGAAGUUUCAGAUUUCAAUUAAUGGCACAAACAUUGCAUGUUUCAUUUAGCAGAUAAUCUUCUAGUGUGUUGUUAAUAUGGAGCCGCAGCCUAUCCAAAGGCUAGAACAAGAAGUGGUCAACCGAAUUGCUGCCGGAGAAGUAAUCCAAAGACCCGCCAAUGCCCUAAAAGAACUCAUCGAAAAUAGUUUAGAUGCAAAAUCUACUAGUAUUCAAAUAACAGUCAAAAACGGUGGACUCAAACUGCUACAGAUCCAGGAUAACGGCACUGGAAUCCGUAAGGAAGACUUUGAAAUUGUCUGUGAAAGAUUCACCACGUCGAAACUUAGAGAGUUUGAAGAUUUACAUAAAAUAUCAACAUACGGUUUUAGAGGUGAGGCUUUAGCGAGUAUAUCUCAUGUAGCCCAUUUAACUAUCACCUCGAAAACUAAAAAAGAAGUUUGCGCUUAUCAAGCAGAAUAUUGUGAUAGUAAGCUUAAAGCAGCACCGAAACCUUUGGCAGGUAAUCAAGGAACUAUUAUCACUGUUGAGGAUUUGUUUUAUAACAUGAACGUUAGACGGAAUGCUUUAAGGUCUCCUGCCGAAGAAUAUCAAAAGAUAUCUGACGUUGUUAGUAAAUACGCUAUACAUAACGCUUCAAUAGGUUUUGCUUUGAAAAAGCAUGGAGGAAAUAACGAUAUCAGAACACCUAAUAAUUCAAAUCAUACAGAAAAUAUUAGACUUAUUUAUGGAAGCUCAAUUGCAAGAGAAUUAGUUGAGUUUAGUCUAACAAAUGACAAUUUACAAUUCACUUGUAAGGGCCUCAUGACUAAUGUAAAUUACUCUACAAAAAAAUUUCAAUUUUUACUGUUCAUUAAUCACAGAUUAGUCGAUAAUCAAAGUUUAAAAAAAUGCAUUGAUACAGUCUACCAAACUUAUUUACCAAAAAACGGCCACCCUUUUGUCUAUUUGAGUUUAGAAUUAGAUCCUAAUAAUAUAGAUGUGAAUGUGCAUCCCACCAAACAUGAAGUGCACUUUUUAAAUGAAGGUCAAAUUGUUGAAACUGUUACUACAGCUUUGGAACAAAAGCUUUUGGGGUCUAAUAGGUCUAGAAUUUUUUACACUCAGUCUAAGUUGCCCAAUUUGCAAUUUGAAACUAAAGAAAGUUUGAGAGACAAAGAUGCUGGGGCAAAAAAAUCUGUUGAGGCUGCCAAAUAUGUGGUGAGGACAGAUUCAAAUAUGCAAAAAUUAGACAAAUUUUUCCAAGUUGUCGAUAAAAAUCAGAAACUACCUAAAAAAGAUAUUGCAAAUACUUCUUUAACUGAAGAAGAAUAUCAAAAGCAGCACGAGGAUUUUUUAAAAGCUCAGGAAAGUUUCGAGAAUCGCUGUUUAAAUAAAACUAUGGACAAUAUUGAAAAUCGCAUGUCAACUGAAUCACUACCAGUAGUUAUUGAAGAUUCUGUAAUAAAUAGCGGCGAUAAUGAAACAAAUAAAAAUACAGCUGCAGAGCCUGUGGCUGUUGCAUCAACUUCAAACAUUAAUUUUCCGUUUAGUGCUUCUCAAGAGGCCAAACGUUGUGAAAAACCUUUAAAUAAACAUUUUAUUAAAAAAGUAACAAGAGUUGAAACGACUUUAACUAGUGUGCUUGAGCUGCGCAAAGCCGUAGAAGAAAAUUGUCAUAGAACUUUAAGAGAGACUUUUGCCCAACACGUUUUUGUUGGCUCGAUUAGUCCUACACAAUCUCUAAUACAGUUUAACACUCAAUUGUUACUAUGCCACACAAAAAUUAUUUUAGAAGAAUUGUUUUAUCAGUGUGUUUUGUAUAAUUUUCAAAACUUUGAUUGUUACAGGUUGGGUGAGCCUUUGUGCAUCAAAGAUUUAGCAUUACUUGGGCUUGAUUUGCCAGAAGCUGGUUGGACAGAAGAGGACGGCCCCAAAACUGAAUUAGCCGAAAAAGUCACUGAAAUACUCACUCAAAAACGCCAAAUGCUUAAUGAAUAUUUUUCUUUGGACAUUGAUUCAGAAGGAAAGCUAAAUACUUUACCAAUUUUGAUAGAAGACUACAUUCCAGAUCCUGUGUGCUUACCUAUGUACCUCAUUAGAUUAGCCACUGAAGUUCAAUGGGAAACUGAAAAGGAAUGUUUUGAUUCGUUUGCCAGAGAAACUGCUAUAUUUUAUUCGAAUAUUUCAACGGACACCAAUGAAAAUGGGAAAUCUUGGAAAUGGAUCGUUGAAUAUUUAUUGUAUCCGGUUGUAAAGGAAUUUUUCAUUCCUCCUAGAAGUUUUACAGAAAAUGCUGCUAUUUUAGAGAUAGCUAGUUUGCCAAAUUUGUAUAAGGUAUUUGAAAGGUGUUAAUAAUAGAAUUUUGUUUUGUAUAUCUAUUUAUUUAAUUGUGUCUCGAACUAAUUGUGUUUGUACUACAUUUAUCAAAAUUACUUCCUUUUUGUUUUCAAAGGACUCUUCUUUCUUGGGCUUUUUGAUUUGGAUUUCGCUGUCCCUUUGCUCCCUUUGGAUUUGCUUUUGGAGCGAGAUUUUCGUUUUGUUAGCUUCUUUUUGCCUUUUUCCCCUGAAUCAGGUGAUACGAUUUUUUGAGCAGUUUUGGGUACUUCGGUUUGAUGGGCAAAGGAAUCGUAUCCAAAUUUGCUACACAUUUU